ACCAAAAUUAUUUCCAAAUUGACUCAUUUUGGCUAGAAAAGUAGCAAAACCCAGAAAUAAAGUCAGACUCAGUGCAAACCCAAAACAGCUGCGCGGUUAUCAGAAUAAAAAGCAAUUCUAUAUAUAUAUAUACAUGUAGAUAUAGGGUCCAGAGCCCCAGGGCAUAAAAGCAAGUGCAGUUGCGAUAAAUGCAAACAGAAUAAAUUUUGCUGCAGUUGAAGAGGAACAGCACGGAUAAAAAAAAAUGACUCUAGAUCACACUUGGGUUAGCUGCAAUGUCUAUGACUCAUUGCCAGCCUUUGCUAUUGCUGCUGGUCACGAUUCGGACAAUGAUCCCAUCUAUGUGGGCCGCGCCUUUCACAACGGCGACAUGCUGCCCGCCAAGGUCAUUCCCAACAAGCAUCAGGCUUAUGUAGCCUGGGGCGGCGAGGAGAUCAACAAGCACGAUGUCGAAAUCCUUACAGGACAUCAUUACUGCUGGAUACCCGCCAGCGGUGGCGAUGUGCCGCCACAUGCUCUGCGUGUGGGCCAGACCUCCGAUGGUGAGCCAUUGUAUGUGGGUCGUGGCUACUAUCAAGGCAGUCUGACGCCCGGCAAGGUGCAUCCCUCCCACGGCUGUCUGUACAUUCCAUACGGCGGCGCUGAGCAUAGGCUGGACUCCUACGAAGUGCUGGUCCAGCCCGAAACUUGGGUCAGCAGCUCAGGCAGCAACAUUGUGCCCGGCACCAUUAUGGCCGGCAAUGAUGCCGAUGGUGAUCCAAUCUACGUUGGACGUGCCUAUCACGAGGGCGAUCUGCUGCCAGCCAAGGUUAUUCCCAACAAGGGCUGCGCUUAUGUUGCCUACGGCGGACUGGAGCACGUCAAGUACGACUUUGAGCUGCUGGCCGGUUACGGCUAUGGUUGGGUGCCCGAUUCCUAUGGCAAUGUACCACCCGGCGCAGUUAUCUGCGGACGCACCAGUGAUGGCGAGCCGCUGUAUAUUGGUCGUGGUCAUCAUCAUGGCAGCUUCACUCCCGGCAAGAUUCAUCAAUCGCAUCGUUGCCUCUACAUUCCAUUCGGUGGCCAGGAGGUGCGUCUGGACUGCUACGAGGUGCUGGUGCGCGCCUAGACUGAUUAAUCUGACGAUUUCUGGCGCUUGCAUAUAAUUUUUAUAAAAAUA